AUGUUUCAGAUCAACCUGAUUCUAUGUAGAUUCGAAUACAUGCAUGAGUUUAAUUCACAUAGUAUAUUUGGGAAGUACUAUAACACAACACCAUUUAAUAGCGAUGAUAUUACGCGCAAUUACCCGAAUAAGAAAGCCGAGAGAAUUGAUCAAUUUAUGAGAAACAUGAGUGGUUUCAAAAAGUGCUUGGAUGGGUUCUUUGGUACUGGAUUAAUAAGACGAGAGUAUUUGAUAACACAGGUAAAGAAACUGGAAGCACAAGGAGCUAGGGAACACGCUGAUUUUCUGAGACACCUGCAAAGUUGUAAGGAGGAAGAGAACAUAUUCAAUAUAAUGCAAAAUAUGAGAGAUAUCCUAAGUAACAGAGACGAAUUCAUUACUGAAAUAGCAGAGAAUAUGAUUGAAAUCAGAAACAUGAUGGAGUUUAAAGAAUUGCGACAAGGAAAGAUGUUUACUGACUUAAUGAGCAGAACACUGGAGCUUUACUACGCAUAUGAUGACAAAUUGAACCAAGAACAAGGAAUUGAAAACAGGAGAAGAGGAUAUGAUUGA